CACUUAUAAUGGCAAUACGCUGAAGCAAGGGAAACAGACCCUAGUUCACAACAUCUGGAUAUGAGACACAGACGAUGGGGGAUUGGAAUUUGCUUGGCAGUAUCUUAGAAGAGGUACAUGUUCACUCAACAAUCGUUGGAAAAAUCUGGCUCACCAUUCUUUUCAUUUUCCGGAUGCUGGUUCUUGGUGUGGCAGCCGAGGAUGUUUGGGACGAUGAACGCAGUGAGUUUGUGUGCAACACAGACCAGCCCGGGUGCACGAAUGUCUGCUAUGACCAGGCUUUCCCCAUCUCUCUCAUACGGUACUGGGUCUUACAAAUCAUUUUUGUGUCUUCUCCUUCUCUGGUAUACAUGGGGCAUGCACUCUACCGAUUGAGGGCGCUUGAGAAAGAGAGGCACAGAAAGAAAGCCUUUUUGAAAGCAGAGCUGGAGGGAAUCGAAGGCGCUCAGGAGGAACUCAAAAGGAUCGAGAGAGAGUUGAGGAAGCUGGAAGAGCAGAAGAGGGUAAGGAAAGCUCCACUUCGGGGCUCCUUGCUGCGCACAUAUGUUUUCCAUAUCUUGACCAGAUCAGUGGUGGAAGUUGGUUUUAUAAUUGGGCAAUAUGUUCUGUACGGUAUAGGACUUGAUCCUCUGUAUAAAUGUGAGAGGUUUCCUUGCCCAAACAGUGUGGAUUGUUUUGUGUCGAGACCAACUGAAAAGAACAUUUUCAUGGUCUUCAUGCUUGUCAUUUCUGGUGUUUCAUUAUUCUUAAACCUCCUUGAGAUAUUUCACCUCGGGGUGAAGAAGAUCAAACAAAGUGUGUAUGGAAGUAGUAAAUAUGGAGACGAAGACAGCAUAUGCAGAUCCAAGAAAAACUCCAUGGUGCAGCAGGUUUGUGUUCUUACCAACUCCUCACCCCAGAGGAUGGUUCAGCUCACCCAGACUGCCUACACAGUGGUUCCUGGUGGCCAGUCGGAUGCUGUGCCCGUCUACAUGCCCACAGCCGCCCCUCACACCCAGAACGGAUCUGACCCACAGCCCCGGCAGCUGCGACUUCCCAGCCAAGCAGAGCUCCACUCUCUGCGGCAGUUUGGGGCGGUGGAACGCCGCUACACCGUGGACAACAGGAACCACUCAUGCAGCAGCGAUGACUCCAACGGCCCUAAGGGUUCAGGACAGCCACAGCACUGCGGAGCCCAGCCUCGGGCCUCUCUGAGGAACAGCCACAUGGAGAUACCGGCAGCCCUGAGGAACUCGCAGCGCAAACAGAGCAGAGUCAGCGCUUGCAAGGACUACAGUGACAUGAGCGACUCUCCGGAUAGCGGCCACUACCCCACAGCCAGGAAGGCCAGUUUCAUGUCCCGUGGGCUAUCUGAGAGCAAGCUGGCCAGUCCGCCCGACAGCCCUGGCUCCGGGAGCAGCCCAGACACUGAGGCCAAGAGACUAGCGCAGGGGGAGAGUCCUCCUAUGACUCCACCUCCGGCCAGCGGACGGAGAAUGUCCAUGAGCAUGAUUCUGGAGCUGUCUUCGAUUAUGAAAAAAUGA